UAGUAGCAAAGGAACAUUUUAAGUGGAGAGAGAUUGUUUAAUAAAGCAUUGGGAGCUUAUAAGAAUGGCAUAAAACUGAUCAAUUAGUUUGUAAAUACAGUAAAAAUACUUGUGUUUAAGGUCAUUUUGAAUAAAACAAUCCUAAUUUUCUUUCUCUGCCUUGGGCUGCUUGACAGAUGCAGAAGUGAAAGCUGCAAUUCUUCUAAAAGUUUGUCUCUUGGUUUUAUUCAUUUUAAAUUAGAAGUUUAGUUCUGUUCCUCUUGCAGAGCAUUUUAUUAAAGUGGAACAAGUUAACAGCCUUAAGUGAACAGAUCUCUGAACUGUUUCUAGAAUUUAUCUUUCCUGAUAGGACACACAGGUCUUCUCACACAGGUCAGUACUCCAUUGGGAGGUCUUUUUCUCUCUGCAGUGAGAUAUAAGGUAGCUGGGCAAAACUGGGGAAACUGCUUAUAAGCUUAAGCAGCCUUGGGCGUGAUGGCUUCCUCAUAAAGAAGCCUGUUCUGUAACAUGACUUUUUUUAAAUGAAAAAUGUAUGUGCUUGUUUUUAUGGGGUAGUUUGCAUUGUUCUAACAUUGCAAUAGGUUCUCUUGGAGACUGGUUAAAAAUACAGAAGCAUUUCAAAUACAUAUCUUUAGCAGAAAGUGGGAAACAUGAGACUUGGUGUUCUGAGAAUCCUAGUAGCAUAACUGAAACCCGCAGUAGGAGUUGAAGUUCUUAGGUGCCUGUGAAAACAAGGAUUUACUGUACUUUUAAGGCUUUUUUUGUGUGGGAAAUCUGGAAAUAUUACAUAAGAGCAUCUAAAUUGUACUGCAAAAUACCAUUCUGUUUUAUUUUACACUUCGCAUGGGCUUUUUGAACUAAGUACAAUGUACUAAUAAAUCACAUUAAGUUGAACGCAACCUGUUUUUCUGAGACUGCAAAUAGUCCCUCUUCACCAAUGGAUCUGUGCUAGUGUUCUUUUAAUGCAUAUUUCUGAGACACAAGAUUCCUUCGGUGCAGCUUGUAACAGCAUUGUAAAAAUACACAUUAGUCUCGGAGAUAAACUUGAUACUUGGUUUCUCUGAGUGUCCAGGCUUACUACUCCUCUGCUCUGUAAUUCAAGAGGCAGGAUGAACCUGUCAGUCACCAGGCAGGGGAUUUGAGGUCUUCAACCUAGUGAAAUAUUCUUCAGAAUUGGAAGUAAACUUCAAUGUUGGAAAACUAGAAUACAUUAAAUAUCUCCUAACUAAACAUUACGGAAACAUAAUUUAUGACUGAAACUAAAUUUAAAUAUCCUGCUGUUGGGCUGGAUCACAGUGACAAACCUGAAUAUCCAGAUAAAUCAGGUAUCAAAUGUAUCUUCUGAUGCAGGCCCACCAGUCGUCGUCCUGGGGUUUAACAGCAUGCAUCCCAUGGCAUGGACUGAGCUUAACUAAGUUCUCCUUUUCUUUUUACAAAAGGAGAGACCAUCAGUUUGUUCUACUUGGUGAUUACUGACUUAUCACAGGACAUGGUGUCCUAUUCAAGGCCACAUUUGCCAGGUCCUGGACAUCCAGCUUUCUGUGUCUUGCUGGUGUUUUAGUGUGCUGGAGAUAACAUGCCUUUCAUUUGUUAGCUAACUGUAGGUAGUGGUGGUGCACCAGGGUAGUUUUAUGAAGAAUAUUUGUUUAUAUGUUCAGCUAAUGUAGAAUUAAGUAUAAUUUUGGUGGUACCCAAAAGCAUUCAGUUGGUCUCAGCUUUUGAGAUUUAAAUUCUGAAUAUAAAGUACUAAUGUUUGUAUUUAAUGCUUAGAAAUUUCCUUUGUGUACUUGGACACCAGAUUACUUUUCACUCUUAAGACAGCUAAAUUUGCAGUGAUUUGUAGUAAUCAACCUCUUAUCAGCUGGUGGCUAAAUCCCACACAUUACAUACCAUUUACCCAGGGUUAUAGGGACUCAAAGAUCUGUAUUUUACUCCAGAUGACUGAAAGCCUCUGUAUUUUGUACCACCUUACGUUGUCCUUUCUGGCUAGUGAUAACUGGCUCCACAUGACAAACUACAUGUUCAGCAGCUUAUUUUUAAAGCAAAGUACUUCCAUAGGCAGAGGACUUGAGCUGGGAGAGGCAUUUGAAACAAUGUAGAAGUAUACACUGACUCUCACAUCAGCAGUAAUUUAAUCCUUUAACACUAGGAGCUUGACAAGGCCUGGCUUAUAUGUAGUAAUAUUGCUGUCCUUACAACAAUACUCCAGGUCUUUCUAAUUGGCCUUGGUAUUCUGUUCCCCCAUGGUUCUUGUACCUUGCUAUACUUGCGUUGCUUAGAAUUGUCCCACUCAUAAAGGGCCAGGCACUGCAUUUCUGUUGUCUUCCCAAAACUGUUGAUUUAAAGAGGAAGUAUAUGGGUUUAUAAGGAAUGCAGUACUGGUCCCAGUGUUGUAUAUGAUCAUGGUGUAAUCAAUUGUCAGUGGGUCUAAACUAGUGGUCCCUGAACUUUUCAGGGUCACAACCCCUUUGCCCCGUCUGCACAGCUCGUGUGCCGCCCCCCCCCCCAAGAGUCAAGGCUGAGAGUGGGGCUGCAGCUCCAGCAGGGGGUCAGGGGCUGAGGCUGGGGGUCCUCUGUGCGUCCCACAAUUUGGAGACCUCUAGUCUAAACUGUAGACUAUUAACAAAAAAGAAAAAUUUCAAUUUUACACACAGAUAUUUACAUAAGCCCAUAUGUCUAAAGUGUUUGAGGGAUACGUUGACUUUUAUGCAGCCAGGUCCACUCACCUUCUGUUAACACUGCAUUCUCAGCUGCAAGUUAAAACUUGUAAUAUUGGCUUCCCUGGUACUUUUGUUCUACUCCCAAAACAAUCUCCGUGGGCUUGAAGAGUUAGUUUUAAGCCCUGUUAAAGAAACAUAUGUGCUACUUGGAAACCCACGAGCUCUUACGUAAAACUUUAGGGUUGGUGUUUAAUUUUGCUAUCUUUGCCACAUGUAGUAAUGUCAAGUUGUUUCUGCCUACUGGUUUUCAGUUAGGUUAGUGUCCAGAGUGGUAUCUGAGACUGGAUGACUUGUGCACACCUUGCUCCCAAGAGCUGCCUCUUUAUUCUAAAUUUAACCAAAAUCAAUACAGACUAACAUGGCUGCUACUCUGAAACCUGAACACUAGAGGAGACAGCAUCUUGGAACCUUCCAACUGUGCAAACUAGCCUCUUAGGUGCAGCUGUCAUGCCAAAGGGGGUUGUCCAGCACAGCAACGGAUGUCGGGUUUAGUGAUUCAGAUGGUGACAGGAAACCAGAGACCUGCUUACAGUCCCCAUGAGGAACCUGUUCCAGUAUUGCUGGUUGCUUCCGUGAGGGGAGAUAGAGAAGAAUGGGGAAGCUGCAAAGAACUGGCUGAUGCUACAGGCUGGACCUCAGCGGAGCAAUGAGCCCAGUGGAGCUGCUCUGGGCUGCGGCCUCACUGAUGCUGCUGGGGGCUCUUGUGAGCAUGUGCAUGAAGUGUCAGCAUUCUGCUACUAAACGGGAAAAGAAGCUGUGCAAGCAGAGGAAACUGCAUGAAAACCAGCAGGGAUUUGAGGUGAUACGAUCCCAUUCAAUUGCAGUGACAAGGCAAGAGCAAAUUAAAUUGCCAGACAACAUCCCAGUAACAAGGAAAACCAGUGAGCGACUGCAGGCCUCACGCAUUGAUGGUGACAGUGCAGAGCCCAGAUACCAAAAUUUCAGGAGAGAAGACAACCAGGAACUGGAUGCUGCCUAUGUCAACCCUAUAGCUACAGAUUACUACAACUGUGGGAUGUUCUUGAGACCACCAAAUGAAAAGGAAGAGGAUUCCUGUUCCUAUCAAAAUGUUGUGAUCGGGGCAUCCAAUAGCACUGAGUCUGAUGAUGUGGAGGACUAUGAGAAUAGUGCAUCUAUAAAGAUAUGGCAACAAUCAAAUAUGUCAGAAAGCCCAGAUGAUUAUCCAGAUUACGUUAACUCAGAUGUUGCAGCCAUGCCGAACUAAAGGUACCUUCCCUACAAUCUGAAAAAAUAGCUGUCGCAAAGUUGCAGAAGCUUGUAUUAUUUUGAAGACUGCUACACACACACAGUGGAAAGGGUCCUUGGCUUCACGAGUGUAAUGGAAUCACCUGUUCUCCAAACCCUGCCAAAAGUCGUUAACUAACUUAAAGGACAUAGAUGCACACUGCUGAAAGUAAAUGCACUGGAUCCAGAAGUCCCACAAAAAUAACUGGAAAAAGCAUAUGGAGAAAGCCCACCCCCCUCCCUCCCGACAAGUGAAUUUCAGCUGCUUGGUGGAUCUUUAUGGAAGUCCCCUAGUUAUCGAGAGGAAAUGCCAAGGUUUUGUUAUUCUGUCAGAGUUUCCUCCACAUCCAUUCAAGGGAGCGAUGGCUUGCCUGCUCACCAAUGUUUUCUGCUGUCAAGUGUGAAAUGAAUCUUUAAACCGCUGAGCAGCAACGCAGUUGACAGUUUAACUUGCCAAGUUGACUCGUGUAAGGAGGCAUUAAAGCGGAUGAAUUAUAUUUCUUGUUUAGUUCCCAAUGUAGCAAAGCUCUUGGACAGACACUGCUUCCAACAGAGGGAUCGAACCUUCCAGCCAGAUGCCAAGUUUUUAGAAUAGGAGUAGUUCUGUAUAGCUAAGUAAUACACUGAAGUGCUCACAAAUGGUGAAGGGCCGAAGGCUACUACAAACAAGAUCACUGCAGCUACAGAUCAUAUUCAGAGUGCUGUCAGAUAGUAUCUUUCUUGUGCUUUUGGAAUUUAUUUUACAGCCAUCCAUAGGAGUUGAGACAGGUAACAGGGCCCUGAGCUCAUCUUUACCGCAUUGCCAGCCUCAGGAAUUGCACCUGCUUUUCAAAAUUGCUAGAACUCAGACCUUGCAUUUGAACCAUGCUUUAGUUCUGACCACUAAAAUGUUCAGGAGCAUAGCGUUUUACCUGGCAGCAUUACAGCACAUGCUCGUUGAGAGUGAAAUGCACCUCUGUGCAGGAAAUCAAGGAAAAGCUCACGCACUACUUUAGUUUUAAGUGGUGUACAUGCUGGCCUGCUGCAUAGGGGUAAACUUCACCCACGGUAGAGUGAGAACGGUUAGGUAAAUGCCUAGUAAGGGAGUUUUUAGAACAGCAAGUUAUGUGUUGGAGCGACUGUCUCCUGCCAGUCCUAGUUAUUGCUAGAAACUGGUUCACCAAGCUUUUAUGCUCUGGCAUGAACAGGUACUCUCUAACUAGCAGGGAAAAGGGUCACACAAGCAAUUUCCUCCCUUUUGUUACCAGUGAUUAGAAAGAACCUUGAAUAAGGGUAGUAAGAGUCAGCUAUGCAGUGGAAGGUAUGGACAUGAAACCUUUCCUACUACAAAUUACUUCACUUAUGAAAUUUUGCUCUGAGUGGAGGAGUCUAUUUGAUCUAAUCCGUCUAUGCACAGUGAGAGUUAAGGUUGAAUUUAAGCCUCUUUACAGAUGUGGAUUUGACAUUUCAUUUGUAUUUGAGACACCUUAAUCACAGCAACAAGGUGCCUGUUACUCUUGUGUCUGAAACUAGGAGGCCAAUCAAGCAUUUUGUAAUUAGUGAUUGGGGGAAAACUUAAUUGCAGCUCCCACUAAUGGGUGUAUUCCUGAAGUCUCCAAAGAGCAGCAAGACAGGGCCUUUAAUGUAGUCCAUGUAGGAAAGAGAACUAUCUAGAACGUCCUUAACCUCUUAAAAGGGGUACACCUAGUUAGUUUCAGAACAGGAGUUAAACAGGGUCGGUUUUACACCUACUCAAGUUUCCUACCAGUUGGUAUCUAGAAUCACACUUUCUUUUCUUCUCUGCUGUGCAAAGAGCCCACACAAAUAAGGGACACAGACAAUAGACUGAGGGUGCAAUUUACCUUUGAAGAACAACCCAAAGCCUAAUAAACCAUUAAAGCCCUAAUCUGAAGAUUUAUGCACUGCAUAGACCGUGUCCUGGCUCUUUUGUUGAAAGGUGAAUUUCAUCCAAAGUGACUGAACAGAAAAGUUCUAACCUUUGUUGUAGAAAUAUUGUGUUACUUGAUAGACCAUGCAAAAUGUUAUGUGACCGGUGAUGAUGAAUGUCCAAUAUGAUACCUCUCAAAACUGCCUCAUUUUCAGAAGUGUUGACUCUAUAAAGGUGUCUCAAAAUUACAAUUCAAUUCUGAAAAUGUUGGUCUCAGUUGUCAGAGAAGUGCAAUUGUGUUGAUGUGUUCGUUUAAGAUUCUGAUGUAAUACCUGGAGAGAGAUGUUCAAAUGCUUAAAGUUUAGUGGUAAUACAAAUUGCCUGGGAUACAGUUAAUCAAGUAACAGAACUCUGAAUAAGUUCCAGGAUUUCGACAGAUGUUAGGCCAGGGCAAUACAGGAUUUAUUGUACUCUGUGCUCAGCAGGGAGAGGUGAAUAAACCAAGUAAUAUUUCCUGGAGCAUUUAUGGAAAAUAUUUGUUGCCCAAACAGGAGUUCAAAGUGUGUAAGAUAAAUGGGGUAGGAGAGUGAUUAAAGGAGAAGAUACAGAUUCUAUUCCCCAAGCUGCCAGUGUGAAAAUGCAGGCAAAUCCCCACCUUCUGGUGGUCCUUUGUAAAGCAAGGUAAACCCUUUCUUAGUUUUGUGAAGCACUUUAAAAUAAAAAGGGCAUCUUUCAUUCAAAGGUGACAGUGUGCUGGAACAUAUCCAGUAAAUUUUACAAUAAAUUAUAUUGAAGUGAUUGGAAUUCUACAGUGUAGCUUUUAAAACACACCCACCCAUUACUAACAUUUCCUUUGUCACCUGUGUACACAAAUAAAAGUAUCUACAAUGACCAGAUUGGUUGCCUUUUCAGAAAUCUUUAAUUUGCAGGCGUACAGGGAAUUCAGGGUAUGCACAAUGUUGGCUGCCACUGAAUGGGAGUAGCAUCCAGCCUGUGUGUUCCAGCAACAAUCCAGGGAGACGGGGAAUAGCGCAAAGCUGAAUACAUCUACGACCACACCUUCAUUCAAUCCUGGGGGGUUCUGCUGGAAGCUGCUGAUGGUGGGAGGAGGAGAACAGGCAGCAGCUGCUACAGAAGAGGGAGUCACCCUAGAUUCUAGACCUUACCAAAAGCUGCUCUUCUCUCCUCUAUGGGAAUAGGGAAAAUGUACAGCUAGGAGAUCCCAGUGGAGGAUACAAUGGGGGCAAAGACUAACCCUAUAGGGCCUUGGCCGCUGUGCCCGUGGAAGCCCUUGAACACCUGACUAAUCUGCAAUUGUAGUUCGUUCCCCUUGCUUCUGACUGGGCCUGUAGUAAAUGCUAUGAAAAUGAGGGUCAUUAAGGGCAGAACAGGUUGCCUAGAAUACAUGGAAAAAGGGGAAGGAUUCGGGAAGUGGUUCAGUGCCUUUCAUAUCUUGCUUGGCUGCCUACUCUAUUCAGAUUGGUAAACUCUUUGGGGCCAAGACUGUGUGUGUAGAGCAUGCAGCAGAUUAGGGUCCCAACCUGGAUUUUAUAGUAUUUAAUAAAUGCAUAGUUUAUAAUUGUACUAAGGAGUUGCUGUAUACAUUGAGAAUCAGAAGUGUCCGUGAUGAUGUACGCAGUUUGAUAGAGACUUUGUGAAAUACUGUGUUAAUUAAAUAAAAUACUUUGACUCUCUCUUACGUGCUUAUAGUGCUGUCUUCAUUUGCAUUACCAAUCAGGACCUAGACCAAGUGUACCUGUCCUUUGGAUGCAAAGGCCUCAUUCACAGCUUCCCUCUCCAUUCCACAGUCUAGAACUACCCUUUCAGAAGAGGAACUUGUCACAUCAUUCUGCCAAACUGCCUUAACUAUUUCCACUUUUUUACAUCUGAAAAAAUUACAAAUCUUUCCUAAACUGAAAUCCCUACAGCCAAUGAGAUUUGUGUAUACAGUAAUUCACCCAACUCUCAUAUCUCUUCAGUGAGCAGGGAUGUACAUAAUGCAGCUGAAUCAUGCACGACAUUUUCCCCACCUACAGAAGCAUGACCAGGUAAUCGCCAGCAGCAUCAACAAUUAAUUUGUCUUCCUUCUGUGUAUCCAUAAUUCCUGUAAAUUAUGAACUUGGGGUAUUUUAACAUGGCUCCAUUUCCAGAAGCCUUCUCUUAGACUUCCUGGAGAGGUAGGUAAAAUCUUCACUCCAUAUUUAUAUUCCCUUUGUAUUUUACAGUUACUGCUUAUGAGAGGAACAACUUUAUUUGAACUAUGAGGAGUCCGCCCAAAUGAACGUGUUAGUCUUUAAGGUGCCACCGUUUUUGUGGAUACAGACUAAGACGGCUUCCCCUCUGAUACUUUAUUUGAACUGCUUGCUCAUUACUUCUGAAUCUGAACAUGGAAGGGGAGAAUAGAUGCCUUAGCUUUUAGAUGAAUUAAUCCUACAGGCAAAAGAUCAGGCAUUCUUCAUUUCUCAUGAUUAUUAAGUUAACCCAGGCCAGCAAGAAUUGAUGCCUAAAUCUAGAAUGCACCAGCAUCUAUUUGAGAUGGGCACACACUUCAAUACUGACACAGUACUUCCAUUUUCAAAGGUUCCAAAGGCAGUAUCCAAGGGAAGGUGUCACAUCGACUACAUCUGCGCUUUAUUAUACCACACAUUUUGUUAGUUGUAUUAAAGGUGCCUACUGGAUGGUUUCCCUGUUAUUCACAGCACAGGUAUAGCUUAGAUCCUGCUCAAUACACCUCAACACGAACCUAGUGAAAUCACCUGUGCGCAAAAGGGUAGGUCAUUUUCCACAGCCCAUUUCAUCCUUGGCUUCACUGAGAUCUCCAGUCACGAUCCGUUGUUUGAUGGAUACAUCUGUCCACUAGGAAUGAGAUUGACACCAUUUCAUUUCACAGGUCACUGAACAGCCAUGGGCUGUUAACUUCUGGUCAGUACAGCCAUGAACGAUU